AUGGUACUCAAGACAUUCUACAACAGGAUACGAAAAAGCAUACCACGUAUCAGGACAUCCAAGAAGCACUCCACACUUAGCACAACAGAAGGCAAGAAGCAACCACGUCAUGCCAAGAAACAGCAAGACAACAUCCGAGAUGAUCCUCCUCCUUCUCAGCCUAAGAACAAGUCUCCAGAGGAAGAACUAAGAGAAGAAUACCAAGAGUUGAUUCGAACUUCGUACCGAAUGGUGCGAUGUUUGGGAGAUGAUUUGGAGUCGAGCUUUGGUUCGUCAUAUGUAUCUGGUUACCGAUACAGGGAGCAGACUGAGGAGGAUAUUCUGAAGAAAACUUGGUCUGACCACAGCAAGGUCAUUCCUCGAACAUCCAAUUUCGCCGCCCAGAAACCCAUCGAGGUGACCCACUUGUUGGAUGAUUCCGAUGACGAAAGUUUCGGAUUACACUUUGCCAAUAUGGCGGCCACCGUCGAGGAAGAAGAGGCCAAGGAUGAUGCCGAAUCUCGAGAAAGCGUGUCCGUGUUUAUCAACAUCGACGAUUGCCGUGAUACUGAUUCUCUUCGCCUUGGCGCUUCGUCCAAACGGGAUGAAGAUCAAGACAUUUACUACCGAACAAGCAACCGAGGGUACUUUUGA